UCUCUUGGGCACAGUGUGGAGGGCCACGCCACCCCAUAUUCCCGCACUUCUGGACAGAUGAACAACUCCCCUCCGACCGACCUCACACGACUCCACACCGACUCCAAAACUCCGCCCACCGCAUUCUUCCCCGCCCCUCGGCAUCCAGACAGACAGACAGACGACCUGCCCCGCCCCCUGAGCGACGAACUCACUCACUGACCUCGGGAUCGUCUGGCCGCGGGGUCUUUGCCCGCGGCCUCGGUCAUUCACUCUAACUCCUCCCCGCCCCCACCCACCUCCUGUGACCCCCCACCCUGGGCCCUAGGGCAGGUCAACAGUCUGGGACACUCUUCAACCCCAUUGCCAAGCCCGGGAGACCAAUUCCCAGCUCCCCGUUUCCCUGUGAUCCCGCAGCUGCUCAGCAGACCUGCCAUUCGUCAGGCAACUGGGAGGCACCCUAAGGUGACUCUUCUGAGUCUGUUAGUAGGUGGUUGUGACAGAGACCUGGGAGUUCCUCCAACUUGGCCUCUGGGGAACAAAGCCAUGGAAGUGGUGGGGCCAGGAGUGAGCAGGUCUUCCUCCUCACCCUUUCCCAGAUACACCCCUCUCCUUAAGUCUCUGAUCACAUCUCUCCCUCGCUCCCUUCUUGGGAGAAAGUAGUUCCCUAGGGCUGGGGUGGGAGGCUGGCUUGGGGAACGAGGAAGGACACUGUUGUGUUUAAAGACCUGUAGGCAACGGGAACGUGUUUGUCCUGGGAGGGGCUCUAUGCCGUGUCCUCUGGGUGGCUGUGAAUGGUGAGAGAGGGGGCGGGAACCCUGGACUUCUGGACUUUGGGCAGGGCAGGUCCUUCUGAAUCCCUGGCUGCUGAGCAGUUUCUUCCGGGCUUGGACCUGAGCUCCGCAGCAAAGGACUUUGUUCUGUAUACAGCCCAGGCAAGGACCCCCCUGGCAAGGAUGUCGGGCCUGGUGUUGGGGCAGCGGGAUGAGCCUGCAGGGCACCGGCUGAGCCAGGAGGAGAUCCUGGGGAGCACUCGGCUGGUGACCCAGGGGCUGGAGGCCCUGCACAGUGAACACCAGGCUGUGCUGCAAAGCUUAUCCCAAACCAUCGAGUGUUUGCAGCAGGGAGGCCAUGAGGAAGGGCUGGUGCAUGAGAAGGCCCGGCAGCUGCGCCGCUCCAUGGAAAAUAUUGAGCUGGGGCUAAGUGAGGCCCAGGUGAUGCUGGCUCUAGCCAGCCAUCUGAGCACAGUGGAGUCAGAGAAACAGAAGCUGCGAGCACAGGUGCGGAGGCUGUGCCAGGAGAACCAGUGGCUUCGGGAUGAGCUGGCAGGCACCCAGCAGCGGCUGCAGCGCAGUGAACAGGCCGUGGCUCAGCUGGAGGAGGAAAAGAAGCACUUGGAGUUCCUGGGGCAGCUGCGGCAGUAUGACGAGGAUGGGCACAGCACGGAGGAGAAGGAGGGUGACGCCACAAAGGAUUCCCUGGAUGACCUCUUCCCUAAUGAGGAGGAAGAGGACCCCAGCAAUGGCUUGUCCCGUGGCCAGGGCACUGCAGCAGCCCAGCAGGGCGGAUAUGAGAUCCCAGCAAGGUUGCGGACACUGCACAACCUAGUGAUCCAGUAUGCAGCCCAGGGUCGCUAUGAGGUGGCUGUGCCACUCUGCAAGCAGGCGCUAGAGGACCUGGAGCGUACGUCCGGCCGUGGCCACCCAGAUGUCGCUACUAUGCUCAACAUCCUUGCCUUGGUGUAUCGGGACCAGAAUAAGUAUAAGGAAGCUGCCCACCUGCUGAAUGAUGCCCUCAGCAUCCGGGAGAACACCUUGGGCCGGGACCACCCUGCGGUGGCUGCCACACUCAACAAUCUGGCUGUGCUCUAUGGAAAAAGGGGCAAAUACAAGGAGGCGGAACCACUAUGCCAGCGUGCAUUAGAGAUUAGAGAAAAGGUCCUGGGCAUUGACCACCCAGAUGUAGCCAAGCAGCUGAACAAUCUGGCCCUGUUAUGCCAGAAUCAGGGCAAGUAUGAGGCCGUGGAGCGCUAUUACCAGCGGGCGCUGGCCAUCUAUGAGGGGCGGCUAGGGCCAGACAACCCUAACGUAGCCCGGACCAAGAACAACCUGGCUUCCUGUUACCUGAAACAGGGCAAAUAUGCUGAGGCUGAGACACUAUACAAAGAGAUCCUGACCCGUGCUCAUGUGCAGGAGUUUGGAUCUGUGGAUGAUGACCACAAGCCCAUCUGGAUGCAUGCAGAGGAGCGGGAAGAAAUGAGCAAAAGCCAGCAUCGUGACGGUGGCACACCCUAUGCUGAGUAUGGAGGCUGGUACAAGGCCUGCAAAGUGAGCAGCCCCACAGUGAACACUACUCUGAGGAACCUAGGAGCUCUGUAUAGGCGUCAGGGAAAGCUGGAGGCAGCUGAGACCCUGGAGGAAUGUGCCCUUCGUUCCCGGAAACAGGGCACUGACCCCAUCAGCCAGACCAAGGUGGCAGAGCUGCUUGGUGAGGGUGACGGUGGAAGGACCUCCCAGGAGGGUCCUGGGGGCAGCGUGAAAUUUGAGGGAGGUGAAGAUGCCUCUGUGGCUGUGGAAUGGUCAGGGGAUGGCAGUGGGACCCUACAAAGGAGUGGUUCUCUGGGCAAGAUCCGGGACGUGCUUCGUCGAAGCAGUGAGCUCCUAGUGAGGAAGCUUCAGGGCAACGAGCCCCGGCCCUCCAGCAGCAACAUGAAGCGGGCAGCCUCCUUAAACUAUCUGAACCAACCCAGUGCAGCACCCCUCCAGGUCUCUCGGGGCCUCAGUGCCAGUACCAUGAACCUGUCUUCUAGCAGCUGACAUUCAAUCCAUUCCCCAGGCCUGCUGGGUCCCUCCACAGCAUUCCCCAUUGCUCCUGGCUCUUCCCCACCCCAAGGUGGGACAGUGAAGGGGGAGCAGCUUAACCAGGGGAUUGCUGCUGCCCUUAGGGUCUCUGCUCCCUCCUCAGGAAGGACUCUCAGGACACCCUCUCCCCACCCUGUGGUCCUCUAGAGUUGCUAGCUCUGAGGCCCCCAAGGCGGGUAAGAAGCAGGUAUACACCUCAGAAAUGCAGCCUGCUGUUGGUUUCUCUGUCACAGGUUUUGGGGGCUGAGCAACCAAGCCCCCUUGCCCUGGCCUCUUGUUCCCCUCAGCUGCCUCACUUCAGGUCCAUGUAUUUCACUUAAAUAAAAGAAUCAGGUAACCAUUCUG